GUUGAGGGUCCUGGAAUUCCCCGGGCUGACUGGUUACUACUCCAGGCCUAACAGGAACUCAUAUCAAGUCUGCGUCCUUCAGCAAGUUCCCCUAAAAAGAAGGGCUUGUUUUCGUCCUCAAAAAGAAGAUGAAUUAGGAAUUGGACGAAUGAAGCUCGGGCCGGGGUUUGCUUUGGUGAAAAAAACGCGGAGCGAAGCGCUGUUUAGGUGAUCCCAGGCAGGAGGGGGCGUGAUGACGUCAGCGCGACGUCAGCCUCCGCCGGGAGAGGGCCGGGGGCGCCUGUCUGUGAGAAGGGUACGGGUCUAACGACUGCCCCUGGCCCUGGACCCCCACAGCCUCAGCUUUCCAGGAGAGAUCGGCCGAGGCCCUGAGAGGCCGCCUAGGAGCCGGACCUGCGUCUCUUUUUCCCUUUGCCAGCCACGCCCCCCGGGGGCUACGAUCUUACAUCAAAGAAGACUCUGUUUUGUAGACAUUUUCAUUUUCUUCAGAGCAAUAAAUUCCAGUAUGGAGACCUAGAAUUCUUAAAGGGACAUAGUCUGAAUCCUGGGAGGUAGUUUUGUGCUUGAAUAUAGAUUAAAUAAUGAAGGAUGAUUUAAAAGUACCUUUUCAGAGUUAAUGAUGCAUUACACAUCUAUACAAUAAUUUCUUGAUAGGGCAACAAUUUUUAAGCAUAUAGAAAAAAACUGUAAGGUUUUUCUGUAACUGUUUGUGACCUAGUAUAUCCUUAGGUAAAAAUGGCAGCACUCUAUAUAUGUGGUCCCCAGAUGAACAUGCUAUAAUUUAAUUUUUUAAAUGUAAAGAAAAGUUUCUGUUAUAGAAAUUAAAUACCUUUUUGAAGUUUGUAGGCAAAGUGUAACAUCCAGUGGUUCUAAAUUGUAGAAAAUUUGAGUGCCAGUUAUAGUGAAGUAGAAGAGUAACAAACACUGUAAAAACACUGAAUGAAUCAGCAACAUUUUACUUCAAAACAGAAGAAUCAGUACUUGGGUGCAGUUUAGCAAGUGACAAGAUACAGAAGGAAAGCAAAAUUUGGUCACAUGAAAUCAUAUCUAUAUUCAGUGUACAAAUUUGUGUGUGUUGGGCUUUGAAAGUGAAGUUAAAGAAUAUUAGAUUGUAAAGCAUUCCAUUAACUUUUCAAGCACCACCUCAAUUUAGCAAUAUAAUUUAAAAUAUUUCUAACACUAUAAAGUUGAUUUCAAGUAUUUAAGAUAUUUUUCAUUCUUUGUAAAAUGGCUUUAGGAAAAUAAGUGUUAACUAGGAUCUAAAGCAAUUAUUUUUUUUCUUUAGUAUAGUACAUAUUUUUUAAUGAUCAAAGCAAAAGCAAAAAGCAAAAAGCAAAGAUAGGUAAUUUGAGUUUUCUCCAACUUAAGGUUUUUGAAAUAUAGAAAUAUACAUAUGUAUAUGAACACAGAUGUGCAUUUAAGGUACACAUCUUUAAAAAUACAUCAACUUUCAGUCCAUUGAAGUAGCAUUGUAAUAAACGAGGGACGUGAUGAUAAAAUAGCACCCUGUAAGCCUGAAAGAGUUAAUUAAAUCCAAAAUACAGUAGUAGACGCCUUUGAAGUGACCAGGGAGAAUUACUGUACUUCUUACAGAGGUCACUUGAUGUAAUUCUAAUGCUGGACAUCCAAUAACGCACAUAAUUUACUCAGAUCUCUGUUUCAGUGUAAGAUGAAAAAGUACACUUGUAUGUUUUUAGCUAAAUGUAUAAGUAAUAUUACAAACCCACGCACAAAACUACCUCCCAGAGAAAGACUUGUCCCAUUUUAUUCCCUAAAUACUCAAUUAUGAACGCAGUAGAGGACGGUGUGCUGUUAUCACGUUUGAUGAAUAGUGACGCACAUGAAAUGAAAUACGAUUUGUCAUGUGAACUCUACAGAAUGUCUACAUAUUCUGCUUUCCCAGUCAAUGUUCCAAUCUCAGAAAGAAGUCUUGCUCGGGCUGGAUUUUAUUACACUGGUGUGAAUGACAGAGUUAAAUGUUUCUGUUGUGGCUUAAUGCUGGAUAAUUGGAAACAGGGAGACAAUGCUAUUGACAAACAUAAACAGCUAUAUCCUAGCUGUGCCUUUAUUCAGAAUUUGAUUGCAGUUAAUCUGGGAUCUUCUCAGUCUACAUUUUCUUCUUCUAUGAAUAAUGCCACUCGUUCAUUAUCUUCCAGUUCAGGACAGAGUGGAUAUUUCAGUGGUUCUUAUUGCAGUUUUCCGUUGGAGCCCGUGAAUUCCAGAGCAGCUGAGGACUUGUCCCCUUUGAACAGCAGCCCCUACAGUUAUUCAAUGAGUACUGAAGAUGCCAGAAUUCUUACUUAUCAGACAUGGCCAUUGACAUUUCUGUCACCAUUAGAUCUGGCAAGAGCUGGUUUUUAUUACAUAGGACCUGGAGACAUGGUAGCUUGCUUUGCGUGUGGUGGGAAACUGAGUAAUUGGGAACCAAAAGAUGAUGCCAUGUCAGAACAUCGGAGACAUUUUCCUAACUGCCCUUUCCUGGAAAAUCAAAUCCAAGAAACAUCAAGGUUCAGUGUCUCUAAUUUGAGCAUGCAAACACAUGCAGCCCGUGCGAAAACCUUUGUGACAUGGCCACCUCAAAUUCCAGUUCAUCCAGAGCAGCUUGCAAGUGCUGGCUUUUAUUAUGUGGGUCGAAAUGAUGAUGUCAAAUGCUUUUGCUGUGAUGGUGGACUGAGGUGUUGGGAAUCAGGAGAUGAUCCUUGGGUGGAACAUGCCAAAUGGUUCCCAAGGUGUGAAUAUUUGAUACGAAUGAAAGGACAAGAGUUUGUUGAUCAAGUUCAAGCCAGGUACCCUCAUCUCCUUGAACAGUUGUUGUCAACUUCAGAUGUUCCAGGGGACGAAAGUGCUGAUCUACCAAUUAUUCAUUUUGGACCUGGAGAAAAUAAUUCUGAAGAUGCAGUCAUGAUGAACACUCCAGUGAUUAAAGCUGCUUUGGAAAUGGGCUUCAGUAGAAGUCUAGUAAAACAGAUUGUUCAGAGUAAAAUCUUAACAACUGGAGAAAAUUAUAAAACAGUCAAUGAGGUUGUAUCAGAUCUCCUCAAUGCAGAAGAUGAAAAAAGGAAGGAGGAAAAAGAGAGACAAACUGAAGAAAUGGCAUCAGAUGACCUGACAUUAAUUCGGAAGAAUAGAAUGGCUCUGUUUCAGCAUUUGACCUGUGUACUUCCUAUCCUGGAUAGUCUCUUAACAUCGGGUGUGAUUAAUGAGCAGGAACAUGAUGUUAUUAAACAAAAAACACAGACAUCUCUACAAGCAAGAGAACUGAUUGAUACCAUUUUAGUCAAAGGAAAUGCUGCAGCAAAUAUUUUUAAAAACUGUCUCAAAGAAAUUGAUUCUAUGUUAUAUAAUAAUUUAUUUGUGGAAAAGAACAUGAAGUAUAUUCCAACAGAAGAUGUUUCAGGUCUUCCUAUGGAAGAACAGCUUAGGAGAUUACAGGAAGAAAGAACAUGUAAAGUUUGUAUGGACAAAGAAGUUUCUAUUGUAUUUAUUCCUUGUGGUCAUCUGGUAGUAUGCAAAGAAUGUGCUCCUUCUCUAAGAAAAUGCCCCAUUUGCAGAGGUAUAAUCAAAGGUACAGUUCGUACAUUUCUUUCAUGAAAAGAAUCCAUACAUCCAAAUUUGUAUGGAACAGACUUCAGAAUGGUCAGUCAUGAGCCACUGAAGCCUUUUGGAAGAAAGGAAAGUGUUAUUAGGCUUUUUAGUAACAAAUUAAUGUACAAUUCUGUGUUGGUAUUAGUUACUUGAUUUUCUUAAAUUACGUGGUGUUCAUAUACUAUAGUCAUAAUUCCUUGAAAGUUUGUGUGUAUAUUGUUUGUGUGCAUGUUUUUGUGUUGGAAGAACAGGAUAUGAUUCUAUAUGCUUGAAAGUAUAAGGAUAGUGUACAGACAUACUGCUAUUAUGUAGCAUUUUUGGAUUAUUGAACAUGAUUAUUUUACUAGAAGCUUUGAAUACUAUGUAAGUGUAGUCACAGAUGUGGGAACCAGGAGCCCCAAAUUUAUCAUAACUAUGGUGCCACUUUUUUUGGGUGCUUUUUACAAUUUGUUGUAAAGUAGAGACUAUGUCUGAUUAGCUGAGGUGAAAAAUUUCCCUAACAGGAGGAAUGGAUUAAUAGCAUAAUAUUUAAAAGAGAGAGACUUAAUUUAAAUGUUGUGACUCGGUUGAGUUUAUAUACAUAUAUAUAUAUAUAUAUAUAUAUAUAUAUAUAUACACACAUAUAUAUAUAUAUUUGGUGUGAUGUUUUCUUGUCUUUAAAGAGAUUUCAGAUUACAUCUCAUUUUCUCAAAACUCUUCUAAAAAGUGAGUAUCUGAAUUUAGGACAGAUAAGAUUAGAAAGUAGCAUUUUACAUUAUAAUAAUGUGAUUUACAAAAGAGUUUCUUUAGUGAUCUGUAGUGUAUGUAAAGUGAUUCUAUUUCAGGAGUGUAGCUGUUGUAUGUGUUCAUUGUAAAAAACUAAAUAAUGCUGAUGUGGUGGAAUGAUAAUACCACAUUCUUUAUAAGCUAAAUUAUAUUUGUUUUGUGAAACUUAGGUAAUAAUGUCCCUUUUUAUAAUGUGUGUCUAUUGUAAUUAUUUGUUUUUAUGUAUUCUUUGUAGUGUUAAUAGUUUUAAUAAAAUGUUUGCAUAUGAUGCCACCUAGUGUGAAGAUAUCUACAACUUUCUGGUUGUCAUCUUUGUGUUUCCCACAGUGCCUUGCACAUCAUAGUCAUUCAAUAAGUUUUUGUUAAUUAAAGAACAAACAAAUGCAAUGAAA